AUGAGUGUCAUUAUUGGAGGAGGAAAAGGUUUUAUUGGACAACGUUUGGUACAAUUAUUAAGAGAAAAAGGUUUUCAAAAUAUUUGGAUUGUAUCAAGAAAAUCGGAUGGACAAGGAAAUACUUUGACAUGGGAUGAUAUUCGUAGUGGAACUACAUUGUCUUCAGUAAAACCAAUAAAAGCAAUUGUAAAUUUAGCUGGUGCACCUUUACUUAGUUUUCAACGUUGGACUGAUGCAUAUAAAAAUGAGGUUGUUCAAAGUCGAAUAGGUACAACAAAGACAUUUGUGGAUUUUGUUAGAGAUUUAAAAGAUGAAAAACCAGAAGUAUAUGUAUCAAUGUCUGGUGUCAGUUAUUAUAAACCAGAUCCAGUUAAAGAAUAUACUGAAACAUCUGAAGGUGGUGAUUAUGAUUUUCUAUCACGAUUAGCAAGAGAUUGGGAACAAGCAUCAGAACCUAUUGAAACAAAGUUUAAUGUUAGAAGAGUUAUUCUUCGUUCGGGAGGCGUACUUGGUUCAUCUGGUGGUAUGAUUGGAUCAAUGUAUUGGCCAUUUUUCUUGGGUGUUGGAGGUCCAAUUGGUAAUGGUCAACAACCAUUUCCAUGGGUUCAUCUAGAUGAUGUCUGUUUAUUAAUAAUAUAUGCUAUACAAAAUAAUCAUGUUAAUGGCAUUUUAAAUGCGUGUGCACCAGAAUUAAUAACAAAUCGAGAAUUUUCUCAAACAUUUGCUCAUGCAUUUAGUCCACCACGUCCAGCUAUUUUUCCAAUGCCUGCUUUUCUUCUCAAUACUCUUCUUGGUCCCGAACGAGCCAUUGUAGCAACACAAGGUCAAAAAGUGAUUCCUCAGGCUACAUUACAAACUGGUUAUACAUUUAAAUAUCCAACUAUUAAGGAAGCUAGUCAAGAUCUAACAAAAUUAUUUCAACGUCUUAUUGGACGUAAAUUUGAUGAUUCAAUAAUUCAAUCUGAUAUAAAUUAUUAUCCAUUUAAAGUAGUGAAUAACAAUGGAAGAUCAAAUAUUCAAGUUGAAUAUAAAAAAGAAACAAAAUUAUUCACACCUGAAGAAAUUCUAUCAAUGAUUUUAUUAAAAAUGAAAGAAAUAGCUCAAGCUUACGUUGGGAAAAAAGUUUCUGAAGUUGUUAUGGGUGUACCAGCUUAUUUUAAUUAUUUAUAA